UAUGAGCACAAACAGUGAAGUGAUAUUGGAAACUGCUGGUAACAAAGGUGUUAUAACUUUGAAUCGACCUAAAGCUCUCAACUCACUGAACCUUAGCAUGAUUCGUACAAUAUAUCCUCAGUUAAAGGCUUGGGACUCUGAUCCUGAAAUAAAAAUGGUUAUUGUAAAAGGAUCUGGAGAUCGAGCAUUUUGUGCUGGAGGUGAUGUGAGAGCACUUGUUGAAGCUCAUAAGGCUGGGAACACAAGCUUGGCUGAGGACUUUUUUCGAGAAGAAUAUCAACUCAACAAUCUAAUUGGUACUCUUCAAAUUCCAUAUGUUGCAAUAAUUGAUGGAAUAACCAUGGGUGGGGGUAUAGGAAUUUCUGUGCAUGGAGCUUAUAGAGUCUGCACUGAAAGAACAGUUUGUGCUAUGCCAGAAGCUGCAAUUGGCUUUUUUCCAGAUGUAGGUGGGAGCUAUUUUUUGCCAAGGCUUCCCGGAAAAAUAGGGCUUUUUCUUGCACUCACGGGUUAUCGACUUCAAGGUCGAGAUGUUUUUAAAGCUGGUAUUGCAACCCAUUUUGUAGACACAACAAGUUUAAAAGACUUGGAAAGAGAUCUCUUGCGACUAGAAAAUCCCAGUCUUUCUGAUAUUGACAGAAUUUUGCUCAAAUUCCAGCAACAGUGUGAAAUUGAUUACAAAAAAGAAUUUGCCUUAAAGCCUGUCAUGGGAAAAAUGAAUACUGUAUUUGAAGCUGAAAGUGUAGAAAGUGUGAUGGAAGCACUGAAAAAAGAGGGAUCUGAAUGGUCUCGGAAACAACAUGAAACAAUGAGGAAACUGUCACCAACUUCUUUGAAAGUGGCCUUCCAGCAACUGAAAAGAGGAGCAAAUUUAACAUUGCAGGAUUGUUUGAAAAUGGAGUAUAGAUUAUGUCAGAGGUUCAUGCAGAACAAUGAUUUUCAUGAGGGUGUAAGAGCUGUUCUAAUUGAUAAAGAUAACAGCCCUAAAUGGAACCCUGCUACUCUAGAAGAUGUUACAGAGAAGCAAGUGAAUUCAUACUUCGAGCCUUUGGCAUCUGAUAAGGAACUUCGCCUUUAAUAUAAGUGUAUAAGUUUAAUCUACAUACAAGUAGCCAACAUUUCUCAAAAUGUGCCACUUAUACUGUUUUUCUUUCUUACUACACGUUUGAUAAUAAACAGUAACUUUUUUUAUGACAGAUUUUAACAUAUGAUGCUAUCUAGCUGUAGAGAUUUCUUAUUUGUUUACUUCAAGGAUUAUUAGAAUGCAGCUAAAGCAGUCGUUUUUCUAGUAUAUUUGAUACAUAUCAAAGUUAUUUUGUUAUAACAAGCAAGGUACAAGUAUUAAAACUGAAUAAAAUGUUUCUUAUAUUUUUAUUUCAUGCAUUUUUUUAAAUUAUUCCCAAAUUUUUUAUAAAAUAUAAUUUUCAAAUGGAAGUUUGGAACUUCUGUGUUUUGACUGUUUAGGUUAAAUAAUAUUUCGCAAUGGAAACAUAAAUAUAGAAAGAUACACAAUUCAGAUUUAUAGUAAAUAUGAAAUUCCUUUUAUUUGGAGAAAAAAUUCAUUAGAUUAGAAUAGAGAAAAAUUCUAAAAGUAUAGAGCAAGCAACGAAUAAUUUUAAACUCGCAAUUUUUUCCCUUCAUGAAGUUCCUCCUCCUCCCCCCCCAGGAAAUUGGUGAAGCUUUUUAUUGUGAUUUUUCUUAUUGGUCUAUGCUUCAUUACUUUUUAUUUCAGUUGCUUCACUGUGGCAUGAUUUUUACUUUGCAGCAUGUGAUAUAUAUAGCUUCGACUAAAUGCUGUGUUAUAGUUUAUACAUGAAAUCUAGCCAUUUUUGAAAAUAAAUUUUACUGAAAUGUAAGUCUCAUCUUUCUUGUCUAGUUAAUUUUGUAAUUUUAAGGUAUAUUUAUUUUUUUAAAUUACAUGUGUAUGUACUGAUCUCUUUAAGGACAGAAAAAAAAAAAAUAAAUAAGUGAAUAGUAGAGUUAAAUGAAGUUUUAAAAUGGAUAGGUGAGGAAUGAUAAUCUAAUCUUGUUCUGUUGCAUACUUCCUCCCUCCCCAGGAUUGAAUUAUUUAAAAAAUAUAACUUCCAUUCAUUUAAUAGUAUAUUUUCAGUUUUCAGUCAGAGUAUAAUUUGUAUUUAUAUUCUAAUACUAGAAAAAAUCAUGUUGUAUACUUUUCUUGUCUGUAUAUUCUGUAAAAGGUCCCCUUUUGUAUAUUCUGUAUUAUUAGUUGACUUUUCCUUUUUGAACAGUUUGUGUGAUUUCUAGUUUUUAGGCUUUUAAUCAAUUUCAAAAAUGUGUUUUAUUUGGAACUGAAGGAAUUUAAGCUGUUAAUUAUCACUUCAACUUUAAUGUUCUUUUUAUAUCUUUAGUUACAAAUGCAUAAAAAUUAGUGGGAUAUUUUUUAAAACACAGUAGAAGAAAAUUUCCUUCUCCUGCUGAAAUGUUUAUUCAUGCCUGUGUCUGUGUAGUAAAAAAUUCUCUGCCUUUAAAGAAAUAAUUCAAGUUAUUAUUUGCUUGUCCCUUAAUGAGAUUUAGUCAAGAAAUAUAUUUGCUAUUGACAAUUCUUUGUUGAGACUUUAUGUCUGAUAUUCUGCUAUGUGAUUUUACAUGCAAAUUAUAUUGAAUAAGGUUUGAGAAUUGUUGGUGAAAUUAUGACGCUUUUCAAUGCAAAACAGCCACACUUGAAGUACAAAAGAUAACAUUUUAUAAUCUGUCUAUCUUAAAUGUUUUUGAAAUACUUCUUUGAUGUUGAAUGAGUACAUACUGAGCAACAAUUUCUAUUUGUAUUAGAACUUUUAUAUGAAAUAAAUAUGGAAGCUUAUAACAAAAUA